GAAUUAUUAAAAAAUCCCGGAAUAUCUUUCAAAUCCCCAAACAACACCCGACUUGGGACAUAAUCAGGUUUGACUGAUGCGCAUAGCAAUGCACAUAGUGAGUAAAUGGAUAUCUUUGUUUAAUUGUUGCCUGUACUCCAGCAUUAUGUCCGCCCAUUACCGCGGCUUCAGUUUGUUAGGGAAAUUUCCUAUUAAUGGAUCUACGGCACUCAAAAUAUGUCUUGUGAUAGUAUCAGCGUCACAUUUUUCGGGAUUCAUAUAAUUCGAAAAACGUUCUACUGGUUCGCCG